AUGUAUAGCAUUUCCUGUCAUGGAAUUUACAUCACCAAUCAUCGUAAUACCCUUUUGCAUUCCAAUCUGAUGCAACAGAUUCAGCUUUCAAUUCCAGACUCUUUGAAGCCUCAAAGGAACAAAUGUUAUGAAGUGGUGUGGACUAUCUCUCCGACUGGUGCUUAUACUACAAAACACAUGUGGGAGGCUAUUAGACACAAAGAUCCAAAGGCUCCAUGGGCCUCUCUUGUUUGGUCUUCUAAUAAUGUUUCUAAAUGGUCUUUUAUUUUAUGGUUAGCAUGUUUGAAGCGGCUGACAACCAAGGAAAGGCUUCACAAAUGGGGCAUGAAGAUUGAACCUGGUUGUGUUUUGUGUUCCCAAUGCGGUGAGACUUUGCAACAUUUGUUUUUUGAGUGUGGUUUUUCCAGCUCUAUUUGGGAAGUGAUCUUACAUAGAUUCCAGAUUCACCGGGGAGUUGAGGCUUGGAACAUGGAAGUGGCUUGGGCAACUAGUUUUUGUCAAGGCAAAAGUUUCCAUUCCAUGCUGUUCAAAUUAGCUUUUGCUGCAGGAGUGUAUUUCCUCUGGACCGAAAGGAAUUCCAUAAUAUUUGGGGGAAGGCCUAGAAGUGCCAAUGAAGUGCUAGCUCAUCUUGAUGAAAGUAUUAUACUUGGAAGCACUUCCCAAACUCAUUUGAGAAUCAAAGGUUUUGUAGCCAAUGGAAUAUCUCAAGUAGAGUCCUUGGAAAUGCUACCCCGUAAUUUUGUUCUCUCUUUGUUUCUACAAAUGUAG